UUUCGCAAUCCUCGCAGCCAAAAAGGCUCAAGACCACAUUCAGUCGAAAGUUCGGCACACAGAACCAGGUAGUACGGCAGCAGGAAAAGACAGUUCCUUCAAGGCGCGAGAUGGCUCUACACUACAAGCCAAACCACCCGAACCGCCGAGGAAGAAGACCUUCCGAGCAAUCCCCUCUGCCGAAACCUCAUCCUCUCAGCCGGAAGCUCCAUCAGUAGCCUCCGCUCCCAGCUUCCGCCAACCGACACGCUCUGCCAUGACCAUUGCAGACAGCACCGACCUUUCUGCCCAGUCGCAGCCCAUCACUCUAGACUCCUCACAACUCUCGCCUCCGCCUUCAUCUCCUAUCUCUAGCCUAUGUGACAUCGAGCUUGCCCAGGAAGCCGACCAACUCGACAAGCACCUAUCCUGUCCAAUAUGUGGCAUGAAGGUCGAAAAAGACUUCUGGGACAAGUUUCAAGAUGAAAUUUCCUACAAACGCAUGAAUCUUCGCCUCCAAGAACGUUUCUGUCAAGCACACAAAGCCCGUAGCGCCGACGAUGUCUGGACCGAUAGAGGCUACCCCAAAAUUGAUUGGUCUGCUCUCCAAGGACGACUGAAAGCACACCAUCGUCACAUACAUGCUGUCCUAGAUGGACACUACGAAAGUCACUACUACAAACAGCACGCGAAGAUGGUGUCCUCAACAAAAGGGUACACCGCCCGCUCAGCCGUGUUUACUGGUCAUUUCACAGGUCUGCGUGCUGGCUACUAUGGCACAAAAGGCGAGAAGAUCAUGGCUGAGGACAUCGUGCGCACCUUUUCUGACAAGCUUCGCACUCUGUCCGAGACUGAUCCACUGAUAGCUUCUGGCAGUGCAUCAGGUGGCAUGUCCGGCUUCGUACAUGCUAUCUUAGUGCCAGAGAUGGCCUGUGGGCUUAUCAUGGAGGAUAUGAAAUGUGACAGAGAUACAGCCCAAGACAUCUUGGCUGAUAGCGCAGAUAUUGGUGAGAUGUUUAACGAAGAGGAAGAUGAAGAGAUGCCGCGAGUCGAAAUUGAUUUGCUAGACCCGAGCGAAAUCAAUGACGAGACCGAGGUCCUGUUUACGCAAAGGCCUGGAAAGAAGUUUCGUUUGGUAUAGCUGGGGGAAUCUUCUGAGCAGUCCGAGGCCAACUCUACAGCAGUGAGCGUUCAAGUAUCAUCAGGUUAGCAUGAUCGCGAUUCUUGUGCUUCCUUUGCUUUCUUGCGUCACAACGGCUUACAGUACGACGUUACGACCCGACGCCUUUUUGACUGGAUGGAACAUGCAUAAUGGCGUUUAUUGUACAUGGCAUAGCAUUUUGAGCGCAUAGAUAUG